CCCGGCGGAGGGAUUCACACGCGCGGCGUAGGGAGGGUUUAAAGGAGGAAGGAAGCCAUUUUGGACCUUCGACUAAGGAAAACGCGAGGCAUGAAAAUAGACAUUACUGAUACCGAAUAGCGAGAAUACGGAGCGAAACACGGCAUUACAGACACAGAAGAAGAGAAGAAUAAGACGACGUCGACGAUUUGAAGUCCGAACCUUUAGGGUUGCAAUCGUUGAAUAAAAGUGAAUUUCAUCAAUGUCCGAGGGCUUUUUUUAUAAAGUUGAAUUUGUGCAUCAGAACAAGUGAUUUCAUAGUUCAAAGACUUUAAGAAGAACAAGCACUUGUUUUAAGUUGCAUUUAAGGACUCAUUUACUGAGCAAGACAUUAUCUCUUCAUUUGAAGAGUCCUAUAAACUAUUUGUCUCUGUACUGACUUUCAGAACUUGUGAAGCUGAAAGAAACUUACAAAGGGACACUAUUAAAAAAACAAAAUGAGCACCACGAGAACAGAGAACCCUGUUUUAAUGGGUCUGUCCAGUCAGAAUGGGCAGUUGAGGGGCCCAGUGAAACAAAGCCAAGGGCCUGGAAAUGGGGGAACACAGACACAGCAAAUAAACCAGCUGAAAAAUGCCAGCACAAUCAAUAACGGAAGUCAGCAGCAAGCACAGAGUAUGGGCAGUGGUAUUAAACCUGGUGACGACUGGAAGAAGACGUUAAAACUCCCCCCAAAAGAUCUUCGAAUCAAGACUUCGGAUGUCACCUCCACAAAAGGAAAUGAGUUUGAAGAUUACUGUUUAAAAAGAGAACUGCUCAUGGGUAUUUUUGAAAUGGGAUGGGAAAAACCAUCUCCAAUCCAGGAGGAGAGCAUUCCUAUUGCUUUGUCUGGUAGGGAUAUCCUGGCUAGAGCUAAGAAUGGAACUGGCAAGAGUGGAGCCUACCUCAUUCCCUUACUUGAACGGCUGGACCUAAAGAAGGACGUCAUACAAGCAAUGGUGAUUGUACCGACUCGAGAACUUGCACUUCAGGUCAGUCAGAUCUGUAUCCAAGUUAGCAAGCACCUUGGAGGGGUAAAGGUCAUGGCAACAACUGGAGGCACCAACCUAAGAGAUGAUAUAAUGAGACUGGAUGACACAGUUCAUGUGGUGAUAGCAACUCCAGGGAGGAUUCUGGAUCUCAUCAAAAAAGGCGUAGCUAAAGUUGACCAUAUUCAGAUGAUAGUUUUAGAUGAGGCUGAUAAACUGCUUUCUCAAGAUUUUGUACAGAUAAUGGAGGAUAUUAUUUCUACGCUACCUAAAAACAGACAGAUUCUUCUUUAUUCAGCCACUUUUCCUCUCAGUGUACAGAAAUUCAUGUCCUCCCACUUGCAAAAACCAUAUGAGAUCAACCUGAUGGAAGAGCUUACGUUGAAGGGAGUUACGCAGUACUAUGCCUAUGUUACAGAAAGGCAAAAGGUUCACUGCCUUAACACACUUUUUUCAAGGCUUCAGAUUAACCAGUCAAUAAUUUUCUGCAACUCAUCUCAGCGGGUAGAGCUGUUGGCCAAGAAAAUAUCUCAGCUCGGCUAUUCGUGCUUCUAUAUACAUGCAAAGAUGAGACAGGAGCACAGGAAUAGGGUUUUCCAUGAUUUCAGAAAUGGCUUAUGCCGAAACCUUGUUUGCACUGAUUUGUUUACCCGUGGUAUUGAUAUUCAAGCUGUGAAUGUGGUGAUAAACUUUGACUUUCCAAAGUUGGCAGAGACCUAUCUACAUCGCAUAGGCAGAUCAGGUCGUUUUGGCCACCUUGGGCUUGCCAUCAACCUGAUCACCUACGAUGACAGAUUUAACCUUAAAAGUAUUGAAGAGCAGUUGGGAACAGAGAUCAAGCCCAUACCCAGCAGUAUCGACAAAAGCCUCUAUGUGGCAGAGUAUCACAGCGAGUCUGGAGAGGAAAAACGUUAAUCUGCAAGCAUGGUCUGUCCCCGAGAAGAUGAGGAUCCCAACAUGCAUAAUUUUCUUGAUGAGGGCUUCUUCCCUCCCCCUCCCUUCAUGGCUUUAUUUCCUCCUGCCUUCUAGAACACUUACCAGCAGUUUUGAGCCUGAUUAUUAUUUUUUUGUUUUACCCCCCCUCAGACAUUUUUAAUGACCCCAUUGUUUGCACUGUGUGCUCAUAAGAUUAAUGUAGUUGCACUUAUUUGUUUUCUCAUUCUGUUCCGUUGGGAGAGGAAGUGCAUAACAGAAAACCUUCUGGCCACUUUUCUGCUUGAGGACCCUUGCACUAUUAUAUGCUUAUAAUGGUUUUUGUUUUCACCUGGGUCAGCAAUGCAAUACUUGGUUUAAGAAGUCCCUUCAGUUGUAAAGUUGCAUACAGUCAAACUGGCUUGUUAUUAUUCCUGUACAUUUUCUUGUGGCAGUUUAGAGUUCAUGUUUUACCAAUAUUCCAUAAGCAAACUAUUUUACUUGUGCAAAGUGCCUUAUGUAUAAGACCUUUCAUGCAGCCCUUAUAAGACAAACACAAUAUUCAUUUCCUUGAAUUUUUUUUCUCUUAACCAUAUGUGGAAUUUGCAAAUCAUGAACUACUUAGCUGUAAAACUGUUCAUGCAUACUUUCAUCUGAAAAAUCAAAAGCUUGCUUCAGGGGUCCCAAUGAUUUGUAAAUAUGUACACCUGUAAUUACACAAGCAAAAAAUGAGAGCCUGAGUCGGAAAACAAUUUAGGGGGUAAAAACAUUUUUCAAUCCUCUCCACCUUUAUUGCAGUUGCUGUUUUGAUUUUUGUUCUUAUUUUGAACACUAAAUGUGUAAUUUUUAUUAACCUGCAAGCAACAUUUGUGUUCAGAUAUACAAAUCCAUACCCCUCUCCUUAAAGAUGUCCAUUGCAUGAGGGGAAAAUUCUGUUGGAUUUGAUGUGUAUACUUUGUACAAAACUGUAAAUAUAUAUAUAUACAUUUUUUUUAUGGGGGAGGUAUAAAUUUUAGUUUUGUCUUUGAUGGUUUACUGAAGGUUUCUUUGUGAAUUAAAACCUCAUCUAAAUUCUAGAGUGGGGUAGGAAAUCGUUGGCACUUCAGCUGUUUUGAUCGAUGCAUCCCAUGAAGCACUGUAAGACUCUGACAGCCACAGGCAUGACUCCAGAGGCAGAGGCAUUAAGGGAUUCGUAGCUUCACCACAACUGGAGUUCUGAGAGUUGCCUACCUGUUCAGAGGUUAAUUCUUGCAACAUUUUAUAGAAAUUGCUAAUGGAAUGUUGUUUCCUAAGUUACAUAACUUUUUUGGGUUAUCUGGAAAUGGGUAUUUCCUCCCUAAUUCUCAAAAUGGAUUGGUUUUUCUCCAUCCUUCAAAUUCUGAAGUAUUACCCAAUGAAAAGCCUUUUUUUUUUUUUUUUUUUUUUUUUAGUUUAAUUAUCAGGAGUAACCAUCACUGAAGUUUUUGCCCCUUCCCACAACACCUGGAUUGUGCAUCCAUAAUAUGUCCCGUUUUACUUUAAGGUUAAUGCUAGAAUUUGUUCUACAAUUUAGUAUUGCACAUCCAGGUGCCCCUUGGAAGCACAGGAAUUGGCAACUGCUGUGUAUUCGUAUUUACAAAACCCAAAAAACAUAGGUUGCAAGCAGAAAUAUUUGGCAAAGUCAUUAAUGGGGAUAGUUUAACUUGAGACUUGCAGUUCUGCUACUGAAAUCUUUCCUGUGCAAUUUCAUUUAUUGGGAUCAUGGUGCAAUAAAUGACUUCCUUUGCCCAGUUAUUCUGUUGACGCUGCACCUGUCAUCGUGCAGUGUUUUACUGCAACUUAAAGUGGCAGUAUUGCUGGUGCUAAAGCUAUGAUCCACCCAUGAAUUUCUUUUCCCCCACCACUAAAUUUUUAAACCUCUAUAUAUACACAGGAGGUUUUGUGCUCAGUUCCAAUAUUGCACAAGGAGUUUACACACUGAGCACCCUAGGAAUAUUAUGGCAGCAAUUUUCAAGUUGCCUCUAAGGUGCUGUCUAGGAUAUUCUAUACUGAGGAACAUAAUUGAAGGCAAAGUAAAAGAUGCUCUACAAUAACAAUUUUAUCCCUCUUCAUAUACGUUGUAUACUUGACAUUGGUUCUUAAGUUGCAGUCUUCCAAAGAUUGACAGGUUGUUUUGCAUACAAAUGAGCAUUACUUUUUAGUAGUUUUAGUAAAAUGACUGCAAUUGAUGUCUGGCAGCAAAUAACGUUGGCUUAAGAGCUGCUAGUGAAGCUUUUAAAAAGAUGGAGCUUCACUUAUACCCUUACAAUUUGGAAAAUGGCUUCUCCAUUCUAAACAUAAUUGACAAGGAAAUAUUUUUUCUUUUUUUUCUUUUUUUUUUCUUUUUAUUUUUUUCCAGAAUGAGAUGGGAGCAUCUUUUUCUUUGCCCAACUUUGUACUAAACUGGCGUUACAAAGCAGUAUGGUAAAAUCAGCUUUGUUCAGUUAAAUAACUGUUCUUGAUUGAGUAUGCAUCUCAUUCUGGCUUUUUUUUUUUGCGGGGGGUAGGGAGGGGGGAAGGUCUAAAGAGCAGUUCAUCAUUGGGAUCCAUUUCAGAAGUGGUGAUCCACUUGGUGUAUUUUUGUUUGAAAUCUGCUUUCUAAGAUAAGUGAACGAAACUAUAUGCAGGAUUACAGAUUUUUGUUUUAUUUAUUGAAGAGGAUCUCCUACUUUAGUGAUAGGAGCCUUUUCCUUAAGGUUGGUUCUGGAUAAGUUAUUGAAAUGUUUCCCAAUAUGUUUGCUAUAUAUGGGCCAAAGGGUAUGGAAUUGUUGCCCUUAAUGGGAGGGGGGUGGGGGGUGGUAAUAACCGCUUGUCUGUCAGUAGAUGGCUGCAGUAGAGCUGUUAUCUGCUGGUGGGCAAUUGGACAAACUUACCCUGAUCUUAAGACAGGCCUGUGGGGCUAUAACAAGCGUUUCCCCUGUCCAUACUGUUUUUUAAUGUAAAUAUAACCAUAAAAGUGCAGCAAUACUGUUACAAAAACUGGUGCUAUGGACUUUCUCUGAUGUUGGCCAUAUGACCAAAUGCUGACUUUGGUUUCAUGAUCUCUAGCCAGCCAAUGACUGGUUUGUCAUUUGACUGUUAUGCUUCCCUUCAACAGAGAAUGUGACUGACAUCAGAUAGUUUAAAUUGCCAGAUUCUGUUGGCAGUUUCAGCUUUAACUGGUUAUGUUUUAAAAGGGCAGGAUGGCCAGGUUGGAUCAAGAAAUUUUACUUUGAUAUAUAGGUCUGCUUUCCCUUUUUUUAAUUGUUGCCUUUUCAAAUCAGGACCACAACAAUAAAAGGUAAAAUGCCAUUUUCUAAUGUUCCUGCAUAGAUGGCUUAGUUGCAGCCACCAAAGAUUGUGAAGUUUAAGUGAAUACCAGAGCAAUGGUGGUGCAGUUAAGCUGUCAGAAUUUGGCUGAAUUAAAAUUUCAAGAAAAUGGCCCAGUGGGAACUUUUUUUUUCCUCUCAAUUUGUAGUUGGUGGUUAUUACCAGUAAGUAUGGGAGAUGAAUGGUAAAAUCUUGAUGUUUUGUUUUUUGUUAAUAAAUUCCCACUGCAGACUA